CGCCAAAUGUAAACAAACCAGAUGUUGUGAUUGAGUAACAUUGUACCUUGCCGCCGGUGCGUUUUUGAAAUACAAUAAUUCUUCAAUCAUGGUUCGAGCUGGUAGGAUUCCAUAUUUCGUCACAGAAGCCGGUCGUCGAGUGGUACUCUAUGGUUCGACGGCACUAACCAUCGGACUGUUUGCUGGCCACUAUCUACCACACACCAUUGGAAUCGGAUACUACAAGGAACUGUUUCAGGCGUACAAGAAUGGUCAGAAAAGGCAAGUGUCGGAAAAACUUCAGCAGCGCUUCAAUCGGGCCUUAAAGCUCCUGGACCUCUCGGAAAUUGAACGGAAAUACGUGUCUCCGUUCAUGGUGUACGGAUUCGAUGUUUGUAACGUGGGAUCCAUGAAGGCUCGCUACGGAGGCGUCGUCGGAAUACCCAUCAAUUAUGACUAUGACAGCCCAGCCGAUAUCGAGAAGAAGGACAUGCUGAUCGGUAACCGGAAAGUGGAUUGGGCUUCGGAGGGUGCCAAGUUGCUGGACGAAUGCCUGGUACUAUCGGAAGACGAACAAGUUUUCGGAAUCGCUCGCGAGAUAUUGACGCUGAACAGCAGCAAACGACUCGUCCAGGCGAUCAUCCCUACCGUUUCAUGGGUAUUUACUUACAGUGCUGCAUCGCUUAUAAACCAGAGGUGUAAUUUCUACGCUAGACCACUUUCUUUGAGGUUGAUGCUUUACACCAUCUGUGGUGUAUUUGGUUACGGUCUCUAUUCUUUCUCACAAGAUAUGACGGAAAUUUACUACGAUACGGAUGUGGAUAAACGGCUAGCGCAGCUUGGCCCAGAUGUGGUGGAUGCUGGAGUGCGGUUUUACGAUAAAGUGCUUAAGAAGAAUGUGGCUAUUCGUAAGCUGACGGAUGAUGAUUACUACACUGCCAAAGGAAACAUCAACUACCUGAUACGCCAGAAAGCCGCUCCCAUAACGUUGAGGAAGGAAUUUUUUGAGUCCGGUUACAAAGAGUUGGUGUCAGAGAAGAAUAAGAGCUAGUUGUGUUCUAGUGGUGUAAAUGAAUGUAAUAAAUGAAAUUGAAACUUAUAA